AUGCUACUCGAUUUUAUUAGCUGGAGACUCUUAGACCUCGUUGACAUACAUGCCGGCUUAAUGAUUUCUAGUCAUUAUUACUUCACGUCGGAUUCUUCUCGUCUCGAGCGCAAGUGGUGGUGGCGUUUGAUGCGGCGCACGUUCCUCAUUGGAGGCACAGUGCCGCUUUACGUGACCCUACUAAGGUCCGAACAUUCUCCAUGGAUCAAGAUUCUCGCGACGCCCUUGGUCGCUGAUUCCAUAUUGAUCGAACUGUUGUCAAUGUUCUGGGGGACUUCGGAAGCUGACUUGGGGUUCAAUCGAGACUGGCCUCAUCGUACGCUCGUUGUAAAAAACGCUAAUCCGCCCAUCCGCGACCGUGACGAGGACCAGGGAGAGGCAGAUCUGAAUAAGAAGACAGAAGAGGACAGAGAUACGUUGUCGUCUUCUGUCACCGCAGAUAGCCUCUGUGAUCGGGUAUACGGGCUCUGGUCGCCAACAGCGGAGGCAGAUGGCAAUGACGAUUCACAAUCAUUGCCUCCAAACCAUUCCAAUCUAGAACAGAUUUUCUCCCCCACGCGCCGAGCCCCGCUGGGGAAGUGUGGGCACUGGCGGUGUCUGAUCUAUCUAGUAAUAUACAUCACCACCCGGGUGGUCCGUUGGCCCCUGAUGUUUGGCGAUCUGGCGUUGAUCACCUGGCUGCUACAUCGCAGCCUGCAGCCCGUGACGCUCCUUGUUGCGGAUAUUUUGCUAGACAUCCGCCUACUUAAGGAUCUGCUCACCAUCUCGUACAUAGCAUUCAUUAUUAUGCUCGGCAGCCUCUGCAUUUUGGUCGCUCUGAGACUGCUAUUCCUCCGACUGUGCCAAUAUAUCUCCUUCUUACGGCGUAUCACGCAGUGGCUCAAAGACCUUGCCAGCGCCGCUCCAAUCACUCACAAAGUUAUCCACCAAAUAAUUACACCUGCUUCUGCGAGCUAUUGCUCCUUUAAACUCCUCAUGGCGGGGGUCCCGCAGUUGUCAAGGAAUAUGCUCUCAAUAUUUAUUGAGUUCAUAGUCAUCCCCAUUUUUUACGUGUUGACGUAUUUGCUCAUUUGCGGCAAGGAAAAAUCAGACGGUGCUCCGGCGGACCCUAAACCCCAGUCCAAAGCCGGGCCAACCUCAGAAGCAAGCCAAAAUCCUGAUAACACGUUCCGGGAUAACAAGAAAGAUGCAGACAACGAUGCAUCCGGAUCCCGCCAAUCCAUGAAUGGAGUCCGCUUUCAUAUAUUACGACUGGGCUUGCUUAUAUCCACUUCAGCCAUCUGGUUUUUCUCCCGUCGGUAG